AUGCCUACCUCCAACCCCGGAGCGGAGUACUGGAUUGACGGGUCCCACCGCAACUCUGCCCUGGAGGACUUCUACACGAUGGGCCCGGAACUGGGAAGGGGUGCCACUUCCGUGGUGUACAGCUGUGAAGAGAAAGGAACCCACACGCAGUACGCGGCCAAAAUCCUGAAGAAGACGAUUGACAAAAAGAUUGUACGGACGGAAAUUGGUGUCUUACUGAGGCUUUCGCACCCCCACAUUAUCAAACUGAAGGAGAUCUUCGAAACGCCCUCCAAGAUUGUGCUCAUACUUGAACUAGUGACGGGAGGAGAGCUCUUUGACAGGAUUGUAGAGAGAGGAUUCUACAGCGAAAGAGAUGCAGCCCAUGUGGUCAAGCAGAUCCUAGAAGCUGUAUCUUAUUUGCAUGAAAAUGGAGUCGUCCACCGUGAUCUGAAACCAGAGAAUCUCCUGUAUGCAGACCUUUCCCCAGAUGCCCCUCUCAAAAUCGGUGAUUUUGGAUUGUCCAAGAUAGUGGACGAGCAGGACACCAUGAAGACUGUUUGUGGUACUCCGGGAUAUUGCGCGCCUGAAAUUCUCCAUGGCUGUCCGUAUGGACCCGAAGUGGAUAUGUGGUCUGUGGGUGUCAUAACGUAUAUACUGCUUUGUGGGUUUGAACCAUUUUUUGAUCCAAGAGGGGACCAGUACAUGUACAGCAGGAUACUGAACUGUGACUAUGAGUUUGUUUCCCCUUGGUGGGAUGAAGUCUCCCUCAAUGCCAAGGACUUGGUUCAAAAACUGAUAGUCUUGGACCCACAGAAGAGGCUAACAGUACAUCAAGCACUGGGACACCCCUGGGUCACUGGCAAAGCAGCUAAAUUUGCUCAUAUGGAUAGCACACAAAAGAAACUGCAAGAGUUUAAUGCCCGGCGGAAACUGAAGGCUGCAAUGAAAGCUGUAGUCGCUUCGAGCCGCCUAGGUAACCACGGGCAUCAUGACAGCUCCAGAAAUGGACGUACUCACGAAGGUACCAAAGAACCGUGCCUGGCUCAGGCAGCUGAGAACUCCUGUCUUCAAGACAAUCCCGAUAGCUCUUCCAUGGCCAGCCGCCCAGAAUCCAGCGCAACAGGUCCCUCAGCAAAGGCAGAGAACCUGGAAGCUUUCCAAAGUGAUUGCCCUGCAGCUCCCAAGGUUGCGUUUAAUGGGGCCAGCUGUGAAAGUUAA